CAAAUAAACAAAGUUAUCUUAAGUUCUUAACAAAUAAAAGCCCAAAUAUUUAUAAUUUUAUACCUGAUUCCUGAACCUCAGAACCUGAUACGGUGAGGUGAGCAGUUGAGACUUGAGAGAGGCGGAGAGCAGAGAAUCAGAGAGAGGCUGAGGCUGAGGCUGCCUUGCUUGAGCCUUGAGCUGUUGUCUGUUGAGCGAACAGUGGAGACUGGAGACUAGAGAGAGGCGGAGAGCAGAGACUAGAGAGAAAGGUUAUUCAAAGAGGAGCACCUAUGGAGGUGUCUGUUGAAAAUUUCCCAGAAUCGAAUAGUGGAAAACGUUCAUGGAGUUUGGAAGGUUGUGAUAGCAAUGCAUUAAUCUUGCCGGAUAAGAGAAAGAAUAAAAAGCGCGAAAAGGUUGUAGUGGAUAAGAAACCGAAGCUGAGCAACUCUCAGAAGAGAAAGCUAAGGAAGUUGGAGGAGGAGAAGGAGAAAACACUUCUGCUGUCAAAAAGCAUCGAGACCUUAGAGAAGUACAAGCUUCCGGAGAAUGCAUUUCCUCUUUUGCAGUCUGUACAAGAUAUUGGUCAGCCUGAAACCAUGAAGGAAAAACGUAGGAGGGCUGUACAAUUUUCUAACGCUGGAUUAGAAGUUCCAGACAGCAGCCAGCCGUUCAAGAGGAAGGGUGAUGAUGAUGAUGCUGUUGGAACUGGACCCGAGAUAGAUGAAAUUUCAUCAGGGCAGGAUUUCAGUGAGGAUGACUCAUUGCAACCAAUGAUAGUAGAAAGAGAAGCCCUAAAGAAUGCAUCUUUUUCUUUGGAAUCAUCUCAAGGGCCAGUUUAUGGCAAUGAAAAUAGUGGAUCCAUUGUUGGCUUACAAGCUGAAGAAGUUUUUAACAAAGACAACAACAAUUCUAUGCAAAAAGACGGAAAUCUAGAUUCUUUGCCCAGUUCAUGCAUAGAUGAUGGCAGUGAAAGCUCUAGGUUAAUGGAUAAGGAAGAUGAGAGCCAAAAGGCCAGCUACAGAAGUACAAUCAAUCUACAAGGUUUUCCUGUGCAGAGACCUCAAAUUGCCCCAACUGUAGUGCACGUUUCUAGGCCCAGUGAGGUUCAGAACACUAGGAAGGAUCUUCCAAUAGUCAUGAUGGAGCAGGAGAUAAUGGAAGCUAUAAAUGAUCAUGCCUCUGUUAUCAUAUGUGGAGAGACUGGGUGUGGUAAAACUACUCAAGUUCCGCAGUUUCUUUAUGAAGCUGGCUUUGGUUCAAGCCAGUUGGGUGGUAAAAGCGGUAUUAUUGGAGUUACUCAACCACGUCGUGUUGCUGUCCUUGCCACAGCCAAGCGAGUGGCAUAUGAGCUUGGUCUCCAUCUAGGUAAAGAGGUUGGGUUUCAAGUUAGGUAUGACAAGAAGAUUGGAGACAGUUGCUCGAUCAAGUUCAUGACAGAUGGAAUUUUACUACGAGAAGUUCAGAAUGAUUUUUUGUUGAAGCGUUAUUCUGUCAUAAUUCUCGAUGAGGCUCAUGAGAGAAGCUUGAACACAGACAUUCUAAUUGGAAUGCUUUCACGUAUAAUUAGAAUCCGUCAGCAUGAAUAUGAGAAGCAGCAACAGAUUGUCCAUUCAGGGCAAAAUGUAAGUCCGGAAAAUAUGAUUUAUCCAUUAAAACUUGUGCUGAUGAGUGCCACCUUGCGAGUGGAAGACUUUAUUUCUGGGAGAAGAAUAUUUCAUGAUCCUCCACCUGUUAUAGAAGUUCCCGCUAGACAGUUUCCAGUAACUAUACACUUCUCAAAGAGAACAGAGAUUGUGGAUUAUAUUGGCCAAGCAUAUAAAAAGGUCUUGGCAAUUCACAAGAGGUUGCCACAGGGGGGCAUACUUGUAUUCGUUACUGGCCAGCGGGAAGUCAAUCACUUGUGUCAGGAGCUACGUAAAGCUUCAAAGAAGCUGAUUAUGAAAAAUUUGAGGGGGGAUGCAGAAAAUGAUGGCACUGCAGUCUCUGACAUAAAUUUUGUUGAGGACAUAAAUAUGAAGGAUAUUAGUGAAGCAUUUGAAGUUGAUGGAAAUUCAGUUCACCAGUAUUCUGACAGGUUUAGCUCUUAUGAGGAAGAUGAGUGUGAUAUAGAUGAGGAUCAUUUUGAUGAUUCAUAUGAUUCGGAAACUGAGAGUGAACUGGAAUUUGAUGUUGAUGAUGGGGAAGCAUCACAUCAGACAAUUCAAGAGGGUGAUCAUAGUCUCGUAGACAUUUUAGGGGAGGAUGCAAGCCUUGCUUCGCUAAAGGCUGCUUUUGAAUCUUUGGCUGGAAAAACUGCAUUAAACUCUGUUUCUGAUGGCAAACAGGCUCUUCCUGUUAGUCCAGAAGGAUGCUUAGACCAAUCCACUAGCACAGGGAAGAAAAAGGGAGGAGACAAUGGUUUCUGUGCUGGUGCAUUGAGUGUUCUGCCUCUUUAUGCCAAGCUGUCUGCCGCAGACCAGCUUCGUGUUUUUAAAGAUGUCAAGGAAGGAGAGAGGCUUGUUGUUGUUGCCACAAAUGUGGCUGAAACCUCUAUAACCAUCCCUGGUGUAAAAUAUGUGGUUGAUACUGGAAGAGAAAAAGUGAAGAUCUACAAUACCGCCAAUGGCAUGGAAACAUAUGAUAUACAGUGGAUAAGCAAGGCAUCUGCUGCUCAACGUGCAGGAAGAGCUGGAAGAACUGGGCCUGGCCACUGUUACCGUCUCUACUCUUCUGCAGUUUUUACCAAUACACUUCCUGACUUUUCUCUUGCUCAGAUAUCUAAAAUGCCUGUUGAUGGUGUCGUCCUUCUUAUGAAAUCCAUGAGUAUUGAUAAGGUUCAAAACUUUCCGUUUCCAACUCCUCCCAAUACCAAAGCAUUGGUUGAAGCAGAGCAUUGCUUGAAGGCUCUUGAAGCACUUGAUAAAAAUGGAAAAUUGACACCCUUAGGGAAGGCCAUGGCUCGUUUUCCCAUGAGUCCACGCCACUCCAGGAUGCUCCUUACUGUUAUUCAAACUAUGAGGAUGGUGAAAAGUUAUGCUCGUGCAAAUCUGGUUCUAGGAUAUGCAGUUGCAGCAGCUGCAGCUUUGAGUUUGUCAAAUCCAUUUGUCAUGGAGCUUGAAGGAAGACACACUAAUAAAGAUGACAUAGAGCAGGAUGAGAAGUCCGGUACCCUAGAUAGUGAGAAAGUCAUUGACAAGCAAGAAAAAUUGAGGAGAAAGAAACUGAAAGAAAUUGCAAAAGUGUCGCGUGCAAAAUUUUCCAACCCUAGCAGUGAUGCUCUGACCAUAGCACGUGCUUUGCAGUGUUUUGAGCUUUCUGGAAGCCCAGUGGAAUUCUGCAAUGACAAUGCAUUACACCUGAAAAGCAUGGAGGAAAUGUCCAAUCUGCGAAGGCAGCUACUUCAACUAGUCUUUGAAAAAAGCCUUUGUGGCACCGAGCAGGAUUUCUCAUGGAUUCAUGGAACUCCAGAGGCCAUAGAGCAUGCUUGGAGGGUUUCCUUCAAUAAACCCCCUCUCUUACUGAAUGAGGAAGAGCUCUUAGGCCAAGCUAUCUGUGCUGGAUGGGCGGAUAGGGUUGCCAAACGCAUCCGAGGAGUUUCAAGACCGUCUGAAGGGGACCAAAAGGCACAUGCUGUUCGGUAUCAAUCUUGUAUGGUAAAAGAAACUGUCUUCCUGCAUCAUUGGUCAUCUGUUUCUAGUUCGGCCCCUGAGUUCUUGGUUUACAGUGAAUUGAUACAGACAAAACGACCAUACAUGCAUGGUGUGACUAGUGUAAAAUCAGAGUGGCUUGUUAAACAUGCUCGGUCUUUGUGUACCUUCUCCCAGGCCCUUACAGAUCCCAAGCCUUACUAUGAGCCGCAUACUGACAAAGUAUUCUGUUACGUCAUUCCUACUUUUGGGCCUCAUUUAUGGGAACUUCCCUUGCAUAGUUUGCCGAUCACAGAUAAUGUGCAACGAGUUGCGGUGUUUGCUUAUGCAUUGCUUGAAGGCAAAGUAUUACCAUGCAUAAGAUCUGUUCGUAAGUUUAUGGCAGCCCCUCCUAGUUGCAUUUUGAGGCCAGAGGCAUCAGGUCAAAAAAGGGUAGGAAAUCUUUUAAACAAGUUAAAGACCAAAUUAAUUGAUAGCUAUGCUAUGUUAAGAGAGGCUUGGAUAGAGAAUCCUAUGGAAUUGCAUUCAGAAAUUCUGGACUGGUUUCAGGAGAGUUUCCACAAUCAUUUCGAAGUGCUUUGGUCAGAAAUGCACACUGAAGUUCUUUUAGAGCCUGAAGAACGCUUUCCCAAAAGUAGAAGAGUUAAAAGAAAGAAGUAAUCUUCCUGGGUGGAAACUGGACAGGGAAUACUAUCAUUAUUUAUUGUUGUAGCUCUUGGUGUAUCUGAAGGAGCUCAAGUGAGGUCUGAAUUGGGAAAAGGAUAGAAGCUCUGUACAUUGGACUAAAACUUCAUUAUACCAUAUGAUAUUAGUGCAGUCAGAUAAUCUUAUAAGCUCCUCAUCUUUUAAUUUAAAGAAGUUAAAAAUAGACGGGGUAUGUGGAUCAUUUACUACUUCAGUGUGAUAUUCCUCGUGAUAUGUGGAGCUUGGUGUAAUGCUAAUUUGGGGUUAAAUGGGUAACACGGAAGAUGGUGGUCAACUUAUUGGCAUAUUGGAAGGGACAAUUUGGCAAACAUGACAGCGAAGUAUGGAAGGCAAUCACUCUUUGUUUGAUUUGGUGCGUUUGGAGAGAGAGAUAAGAAUGCACACACUUUUUGAGGUAAAAGUGAUGUCUAUAGAUAUAUUAAUUAUUAAAGUCCUUGUUUUUAAGGUCUUGACAAUGGAUGCAGGCUGCUUCCUCAACUUAGAAUUUUAGAUCUUUUGAAUUUAGUAGGGGUCUACCCUUGUAUACGUCCCAUUUACUAGGUUGUGCCCCUUCUUGCACAUUCUUUAACGAAAUUCAUUAUUACUUAAUAGAAAAAAAAAAAAAAAAGGGGGGGGGGGGUCUCUUUAACAUGUAAUUGAGUUGUUUUGUUAAAGUGACAAAUACUAACUUUUUAUGAAGUAUAUUAUUCUUUUUGCUA